AUGGUCGAUAUAUUGUUCGUUCAGGCUAUGAGCUUGCCCUUCACCUACAGAGGAAUGGUGAGCUGGGGCGUCAAGGUGCUGGUGAAACCAGUGGCAGCUCCUCUCAUAGUGCAGUUUGGAAGUCAAUUUGGCAUGUUCAUGCCCCGCCCAAACUCAAAGCCUUCAUUUGGCGUGGUUGUUCCAACAUUCUUGCGGUGUGGCAUAAUUUACGUCGGCGACGAGUGUCUUGCCCCGGGGAAUGUGGUCUUUGUGGCCUCCAGGAUGAAACUCAAACUCAUCUUUUUUUCAAGUGUGACUUUGCCCGUGCCUUCUGGUUUGCAAGCCCUCUCCAACUCGAUAAACAUGGCAGUCUUUAAAGGUGUGAAGGCUGAUCCCUCAGAGGCUGUUCAUCUUUUGCUCAAUCAAGUCACGGAGUACCAUGCGGCUAAACCAGCAGUCCAAGCCCGUCCUCACAUAGCCACCAACAGCUCUGCACCACAAAAUUGGUGUAAACCUCCGCCAAGUUUUCUCAAGGUGAAUUGCGAUGCUACGUGGUCAGCUCCGGCAUCGAGCGAGGGAGUCGGUUGGGUCAUUCGGGACACUUUUGGGUUGCUGCUCUGUGCUGGUGGGGACCUCCAUGGCUCCUCCGCACUUAUGAUGGAGCUUCUUGCUAUUCGUCAUGCUCCUAGUGCAUGUGUUCAUUUCCAUCUCACUGACUUAAUAGUGGAGUCGGAUACUCAGACAGGAAUCUUGAUGCUUACUGGACAGAUUGCAGUAGUCUCAGAUUUGGAGGGGAUUAUUUUUGAUAUCAAGCACUUGGUGGCUUCUCUUUCUCGAGUCUCCUUUGUGUUCGCUCCCAAGGCUUGUAACAAAGCUGCUCACACUGUUGCUGGUUUCGUUUCUAAACAGGGGGGUAAUCAUGUUUGGGAUGACCUUGGAACUGACUGGCUUUUCAAUAUUCUUGCUUCCGAUGUAAACCUUACAAUUCGUUAUUAA